CUAUCAUAGUCGUUAUAUCGUUUCCUGUGACAGCUAAACAGAGGUUCCAUCCGCACGAGAGUUCACGACGAUAGCCUGCCGUUUUCAUACUGCUACGUGGCACUAAAUUCGAAGGAUUGUUAGUAUUGAGGGAGUGUUUGUACUCAUCAGCAGGGACACAAUCGUCUGCCCCGUCAUGCUGUACUGUGCCCCACGUCAUCAAUCUCUCCACGUCCUUGCGCCAACCCGCCGUAUACAACAGGCGGUAAGAGUUUGCCGCAUUUGUUACUGAUUUGAGCAGGUCCUUAUAACAUCUUUAUCCUCCUCUGAGUCGUUCCUUUGUCGAGGCUCAAUAUCCGUUGGACAGGAAACGAAAAUGCCAUCUCCUAUGGCGUUGAAUCCGCCAUCACGUUCUCCGUCCAUCUUCAAAAAGAAAAAAUCACUUGGCCAGUUAUCAUCAAUGACGACGGCAGCGUCUUACCUUUCUGCCGUUCACCAAGCAGAUACCCGCGCUCGCAGUCACGACAACUCUUCUGUUGCAUCAACCCCUGCACUUUCACUCUCAUCUUCAGUCACAGCUUCAUCUGAAGAUACCGUCCUCAACGAGGAUGAUGAUACCAACACUCUCGCGUACCCCCUUACGCCCCCCACUUCUGAACAGGUCUUCAACACCGUUCACACGGAGUUUGGUCACUGUGUAAACGAGGCCUAUCGUUGCGUCUCCAAGCAUGACUACAUCAAACCUGCGCAGGAGCACACCAUCGAGGAGCCCCCAUACUACAUCCUCCUUACCACCUACAUAAGCUACCUCAUUUUCUUCUCUUUUGGCUAUAUGCGUGACUUCUUCGGAAAGCGUUUUACCAAGUCUGAUUUCACCCACCUUAUGCCCCAUAAUGGUUACGCGCCGUUGAACUCUGAUUUUGAUUCGUUCUACACCCGACGACUCAAGCGUCGCCUGGAUGACUGCUUUUCCCAACCUAUUACUGGCGUCGCAGGCCGCACCAUUACGCGUGCGCUGAACAUUUCGUCAUACAACUACCUCGGCUUUGCCCAGGCCCGUGGCGGCUGCGCAGAUGCAGUCGAGGAAAGCAUCCGCCGGUAUGGCGUCUCAGCCUGCGGUACCCGUUUUGAGAACGGGAGUAGCGAGCUUCAUGUGUCUGCUGAAGCCCUUGUUGCGCGUUUUGUCGGCAUGGAAGAUGCGUUGAUCAGUUCUAUGGGAUUCGCCACCAACUCGACUUCCAUCCCUGCACUCGUGGGAAAGGGCUCCCUCGUCAUUUCCGACGAAUUUAACCACGCUAGUAUUCGCGUCGGUGUACGCCACAGUGGUGCCCAGGUCCGGAUAUUCAAGCACAAUGAUAUGUCAAGUUUCGAGUCCCUUCUGCGUGAGGUAAUAAGCCAGGGUCAGCCCAAGACGCAUCGUCCGUGGAGGAAAAUCUUGGUCAUCGUCGAGGGUUUGUACUCUAUGGAGGGCACACUUGUGAACUUGCCUAGGAUUGUCGAGCUGAAGAAGAAGUACAAGUUCUACCUCUACGUCGAUGAGGCACAUUCGAUCGGUUCGCUCGGUCCUCAUGGACGUGGUGUCACGGACUACUUCAACAUCCCUCCUCGUUCAAUUGAUGUCUUGAUGGGGACGUUCACGAAGUCCUUUGGUGCCGCUGGCGGCUACAUCGCGGGGCCGAAGGGUGUUAUCGAUGCUCUUCGUCUGCGUGGUCACUCGGGUCCGUAUGCAGAAGCCAUGGCGCCCCCCGUUCUCACCCAAAUUGUUGCCUCGAUGGCUAGCAUUAUGGGUGUCGCUCCGGCAUCACAGUCUAGCAAGUCUGCGCUCACACUAAGCCCUGCCAGUUCCAUCGUCACGCUGAAGGACGGUGCAGAGGAACACCCAGGAAGGGCGCCUGCAAGCAUGCUGCCGACGUGGAUGAACCUUCCUCCGUCUCUCGCAGACGGGUCUGAAGCUCGUAUGCGUAUUCGUCGUCUUGCCUUCAACUCGCGGUAUCUGCACGCAGGUCUCAAGAAACUCGGCUUCAUCAUUCAUGGACACCCCUUCAGCCCAAUCGUUCCCCUGCUCAUCUUCAACCCGGGCAAAGUGACCACGUUCUCACGCAUGAUGCGAUCGCGGAGCACACCGAUCGUUGUCGUUAUCGUCGCCCACCCCGCCACUUCGCUGCUGACGGCCCGUGCGCGGUUCUGUCCCAGCGCGUCACACACAAAGGAGGAUAUCGAUCUGGUCUUGCGGGCGUGUGAUGAGGUUGGCGGAAUUCUUGACUUGAAACAUGGUGCUGGCGAGCGGUGGGGAAUUAAUGAAGUCUGUGAGCGCGCAGUGGAACUUGUGCACUCUAUGUAAUCGCCUGCAUGACUGUCUCUCCUGCUCUUUCCUCAGCCACCCUUUAACGCCGUUUGUUCUAUGUAGGUUGGCCUAAUACCAACAUUUGAGCGGGACAAUCCAAGGACAAUCACAAACAAUCACCGAAAAUGUUCAGUUUCAGUGAAACACCACAC